ACACACAUCAGGCCAUCACUUUCUUCUCCAGCGCAAUGCUUAUCCAUCCGUCUCCAUUCAGAUGCACUGCAUCCCAUCUCACUUAUUCUCUCGCUCCAUCUUUCCUUCUCAUCCCAAACGCCGCAGCCAGUGUGAAGCCUCCAAAGUCGCUGGCGCCCCCACGUUCCACCGGAGCGAGGCGCCGCCGCCGGAUCUCGUCCCCUCCCCCUCCCCCUUUGCCGAUGUGAAGCCAAGUCGCUGGAGCAGAGAUCUGGAGCGCCUCGCCAGAUCUCUCCUCUGCACCCCUGCCAGCCGCGUCAGGCUCCGCCUCGCUACUGGCGGUCUCUCCCCGGCAAGCCCAUCGGCCGAUAGCAGCUUUCUUCUUCAGAUCGGAUCACACGGCCGAUUUUGUAUGUAUCUUCAGAUCGGCUCUUCUCAUUUACAAUCGGUGAUUGCCCAGCGGGGCGACCAGAAGACAAGUGAGCGACAUCGAAUCGUUUUUUCUCAUUUAUUUUUGGACUGCGGGUUAAUUUCAAAGAAACAGAGGGGCUUUUUCGCAAAAACGCCGAUGACGUACGACCAGAAGCACUCCGUGCUUUAUUAGUAGGG